UGUAUUCCAAAUAACAAGCAUACUGGUUAGUUGCUUUCUAGCCUUUCACGGCAUUGGGCUUGAUCCCAUCGGGCUGAAAAUUGGUGUCGUGAAUUAUGACAAACCAUGUCGGAAUGAUGUCGCAUCCUUUAUUGAAGAAAUUGGAAAUUAUAGUACCAACUAUAGACCUGGAAACACUGAUGACACGGUGAAUAAUUUUGCCUGUCAGUUUUUGCACAUUUUAGUCGGCGACGGUACAGUUGUGAACUUGUUGCACAAGGAUUCAAAGCUUGAAGCUUUAAAAUCUUUGAAAAUGGGUCGCAUUCUUGGCUACAUUAUGAUUCCGAGGAAUUACUCGGAUCACUUGAGAGACCGAAUCGUAUUUAAUAUUCAUGCUGAUAAUGAGACCCUGGAUGGAUCAACAAUGUCUGUGCAACUCGAUAACUCGAAUUAUCUCGUCUCUUACUACGCUAGAAAAUAUAUUUUAUCAAGUUUGGCACAGCUAUUUGAGAACCUUGCCGUCCAGUUUGGUGUGGAUAAACGUGUAGUCAAUCUUCCUCUAAAAUUCAAUCCAAUCCAUGGGUCUCUAACUCUAGCAGAUGCUUGGAAUCACUAUAUAGCACCGGUGUAUCUCUUAAUGGUAUGGGGAAUCAAUUCCACAAUUUCCGCAAUAUUCCACAGUGUCGAUAAGACUCAAAGCAGUCUUUCCCGAACACUGGCGACGGGUGUGAAAUAUCAGACGAUCUUAUUCUCCUAUUACAUCACUGACCUUGCCAUAAUGUUACCGCAAGCUGUGGUAAUUUUCACGCAUCUCUGGUGGUAUCGAGGCGAUGUCAUUGUUGGGAGCUGGAUUUCGAUUUUCGUCAUUUUCUACGUCCUCCGUGUAAACAUCACGGCUUUGACCACCUUACUUACAGAAUGUUGUAGAUCCAUCAUAAAUGCAAUUUUCGUCAGCGUAGCGAUAUUGCUGCUUGGCAUAUACGCUUCAGACACAUUUUGGCCUGUAGAAAGUGUGGCGUGGUGGUACAAACCGUUCUGCUAUUGUCUGCCCUCGACGAAUCCGAACAGAGCGUUGCGCAGCAUUAUGACGAGAGGCUGGGGGGUGACAAAUCCAAAAGUGUUUUACUUUGGGAUUUUAAUCCCUAUGCUGGUAUCUGUAAUUGCGUUUUUUAUCACUGUUCGAGUUGCGAUGAGAAGGAAAUUGUAAUUUUGCGUGAAGAAGUCUGUAAAUACACUAUACAUAGGUAUACAGUAUUGUGUAUUGUAUGUACUAUUUCUUGCCUUGGAUAUGUUUCUUGAAGUUGGUCAACCCAAUAAAAUUCGGUCCACAAGUUAA